GGUGUGGGUGUGGGUGUGGGUGUGGGUGUGGGUGUGGGUGUGGGUGUGUGGGUGUGGGUGUGGGUGUGGGUGCGGGUGCGAAUAUUACCUUUUGCACACCCACACCCACACCCACACUCACCCAGCAUAUGUUGAUGGUCCCCGUUUUAGGUCCAAAUUAUAUCAGGACAAUAUGGCGAUAGUUCGGAAAUUUGACCGUCCUGAUUUAUUUAUUACUUUUACAUGUAAUCCUAAAUGGGAAGAAGUAAAAUCCGAACUUAAACCUUUUCAAACCUCAUCUGAUAGGCCAGAUUUAGUAACUCGAGUAUUUCGUUUGAAAUUAAAAGAAUUUUUAGAUGACAUAGUUAAAAGAAAAAUUUUCGGAGAAAUUUUGGCAUACGUAUAUGCCAUAGAGCAUCAAAAGCGUGGUCUUCCACAUGCUCAUUGUUUAUUUACACUUUCCAAUGAAGAUAAAAUUAAAACAGCAGACGACGUUGAUAAUAUUAUCUCUGCUGAGUUACCGGAUCGAAAUGUACAAUCCGAGUUGUAUAAGAUAGUAUUAAAGCAAAAUAUUCAUGGACCAUGUGGUCGAUUAAACCCUUCAUCAGUUUGUAUGGUUGAAGGAUCUUGCUCUAAAAGUUUUCCUAAAGCCUUUUGCAAUGAAACUGAUGUAUCUACAGAUGGUUAUCCAAUAUAUAGACGCCGAAAUAAUUCUAACGAAGCUCAUUUUACACAUAAUAAUAUUCAAGUAGAUAAUCGUUUUGUUGUCAACCAUAUAAUUCAUUUUUAAGGGGACCCCCUCCUUUCCCGACUCAAAAUUUUCACACUUUUUGUUUUUCAUUUUUUGUGAUUAGUAUAUAGAUUUAAGUGCCCUCUAUCCAUUGAGUACACUUUGAGAACUGAAAACCCACAUCUUAUAUAAAAAACUUCGAAAAAAUCACCAAAUAUGCUGAAAAAACCAAAAAACAGAAAUUUCUUUGCGUUUUUCUCAAAAUCAGUUUUUUCAGCACAAAAAUGAAGUUUUCCCCCCUUUUCUCCUCUCGCGCCGCAAUCAAUCGGUCUGAAAUUUUAACUGUGAAUACUUCGAAUAAUUUGGGGUGGCCGUUUUUUUUUCUCUUGAAAAUAUUCUUCUUAAGGAAUUUUACUAGGUACCACAAAAUUUGCACUAUAAGAAAAAAACGAAAAAAAUCGCAUUUUUUGAUAGUGCCGUCAGUAAUUUGGUCCUCCUGACCCUUAGGAACGAUAUUUUUCGAAGAAAAAAACACGGCCGCCCCAAUUUGUUCCUAGAUUCUGCAGAAAAAAUUUCAGCUCUAAACAAUGCAGUAUAAGAGUUUUGCGGGGGGGGGGGGGGAAACUUCAGGUCAUUUUUCGUCCUUGGAUCGCAAAUAUCUCUGGGAAGGCAGCAUCUUCGAAUUCUGAGCCUAUGACAACUUUUGCUCUACUCAUCGAGAUCUAUCUACUCUGAAAGUUUCAGAAAAUUUCACGGAGCCGUUCUCGAGAAACCUCGGAAAGGGGGGGGUCCCCUUAAGUCUUAAAUAUAAUGUUCAUAUCAAUGUUGAACUAUGUUCAACUGUUAAGGCUAUCAAAUACAUUCACAAAUAUAUUACAAAGGGUUACUGCUGUGCUCGAAUAGGCGUCCAAGUAAAUUCAAACGUCAAUGUAGAAAAGUUGUUGAUUAUGACGAAAUAAAACAAUAUUUAAAUUGUCGUUAUAUUAGUUCUCAAGAAGCAGCCUGGCAUCUUCAAGAUUUUCCUAUUCAAGGUCAAUCUCAUAGUGUCGUCAUAUUGUCUAUUCAUUUGAAAGAUGGCCAAUCCAUUUUUUUCAAAGAGAAUCAAGCUGAAACUGCUUUGCGACGAGAGUCAGCCGCAUGCACGACUUUAACUGCCUACUUUGAUUUAAAUGUUUCAGAUUUGGGUGCUCAUCAAUAUUUAUACCAAGAUAUUCCUAAUCAUUAUGUAUUUAAAAAUAAAAAAUGGGUUAAACGUUUAGCGUUGUCUCAUCACAAGGAAAAAGCAAUAGAUAUUUCAGAUCGUGAAGAUAAUUUAGUUAACUAUACUAUUGAUAGGAAUAAUUUAUUAUGGAAUGAUCUUAAUAGUGAUCAACUUUUGGCUGUGGAUGCUAUUUUAAAAUCCGUAGUUGAUUUGAACUCGCAGAAAUGUUUUUAUAUAGACGGGCCCGGUGGAAGCGGGAAAACGUUUUUGUAUCGUGCUCUAAUCCAAAAAGUUAAUCUCAUUGGUAAAAAAUCAUUAAUCAUUGCACGGGCAGGAAUAGCCGCUACUUUAUUACCAGGUAGCAUUACAUGUCAUUCAGCUUUUAGUUUACCCUUAGACCUUACUUCUGUAAAAUUUCCUAGACUUACUCAAACCAAAAAGGAAUUUUUGAAAUCGAUAGAUUUGCGUAUUUGGGAUGAAGCUCCCAUGGCACCAGGCACAGCUUUAGAAAUCAUUGAUUUAAUAUUUCAAGAUUUAAUGGGCAUUAAAACACCUUUUGGUGGAAAAGUUGUUGUGCUAGGAGGCGACUUUCGGCAAGUUCUGACAGUUAUUAAAAAAGAAUCUCGAUGCGCAAUCAUUGCUUCAACGAUCAAAAAAUCCUCUGUUUGGCCCCUUUUUUUAACAUUCAAAUUAAAACGCAAUAUGCGAGCUAUCACAGAUCCUGAUUUUUCUAAAUGGCUUUUAGAUAUUGGUGAUGGAACAAUACCUUCACCACCAACACCGAAAAACCAAUUUUCAGUUGAAGUUCCGAUUUCUUUCAUAUCUAAUGACAUACUUACCGAUAUUUUUGGUAAUAGUUUUACCUAUGCUGAUGUUGAAAACUUUUCAAAACACUCAAUUCUCUGCCCAAGAAACGAAGAUGUUCGAUUAAUUAAUGAACGCGUUUUGAUAAAUUUAAAAAAUGUUGAACAAAUGAGUUUUUACGUGAUUGACUCUGUAAAAAAUGAUGAUGGUGCAGAAGAUCAUGAUUUACAAGUCAAUAUUCCAGUAGAAUUUCUAAAUAUUUUGAAUCCAUCUGGAUUACCACAAUAUAAAUUAAAUUUAAAAAUCGGUUGUAUAGUGGUGCUUUUAAUAAAUCUGUCGGUAAACAAAGGCUUAUGCAAUGGAACUAGAAUGAUUGUUAGAGCCUUUCGUCCAAACGUGCUUCAAUUAGAAAUUAUUAUUGGUUCAUUUUCCGGAACUGUUCAUUUUAUUCCUAGAAUUUCUCUGGAUACAUCGAAUGAUCCAGCACUUCCAUUCAAUUUCGUUAGACAUCAGUUUCCAGUUUGUCUUAAAUAUGCGAUGACAAUAAAUAAGUCUCAAGGUCAAACUUUUGAUAAAGUCGGCCUCUAUCUUCCUGAACCGUGCUUUUCUUACGGUCAGUUUUAUACAGGAUGUUCAAGGGCAACCAAAUCUAAUUGUUUAAAAAUUCAAGUACAAGAUACCACUAGACGGGGCAAAUGGAUAACGGGCAAACUGUAA